GCCAUUCGCGCCGCAUGCGUCAUAGUUAAAACCUUGUCAAAUGUUUGCUUUAGAGUCUUUGACGACGUUUUGGUAGAACUCACAGAUCAUACCAAUUGAACGUCUACGAAGCAACAAUGGCACCCCCUGCGGCCCAAACCAUCAUCUCUGACCACCCGGUCAAGGUCCGCAUGCUUGUUCUUGAGACAGAUGUAACACAUCCUGAUACCCAGAAAGAGAAGGGUUCUUUUGGCGUAGUUCUUAAUAAGUUGCUGCAAAAAGCAGGAGAAGAGCAUGAUCCGAGUCUGGGCAUCGAGACAGCUAUGCAAUUUGUUGUCGAGCCUGAAGGCGGCGUGAUACCAAAACCCGAGGAAAUUGGAGACGACAUACAUGCCAUAUUGAUCACGGGGAGUUGCUGGGAUGCGCAUGGGGACGACGCGUGGAUACACAAGCUGAUGGGGUUCAUAAGACAUAUUUGGGUGAACAGACCAGAUAUACGCUUCACAGGAAUAUGUUUCGGCCACCAACUCCUCUGUCGUACACUUGGCUCUACCGUUAAGCCAGAAGCAAAUGGCGAAUGGGAGCUUAGCCAUUCUCCAAUCAUCCUCUCUGAUUUAGGACGUUCGCUCUUCAACCUCCUCAGCACAGAAGAUCGCAUACAUCUACACCAAAUGCAUCUCGACCACGUCGUGGACCCACCAUCCGCGUCCACCACCGACUUGCUACCGAAGGGUACAAAAGUACACGUCUGGGGUACGAGCGACCACACCGGUGUCCAAGGCGUGUAUAUUCAAAAACGUUUGUUCACUACACAAGGACAUAUGGAGUUCAACGAGGCCAUGGUGAAGAGGCAGUUGGAGAUGCGCGUCAAAGCUAAGAGUAUAACGGAGGAUGAUGGAGCUAAAGCUGCGGAGAAGGCGGAUUGGAUGCACGAUGGGUUAUUAGUAGCAAAGGCUGUGCUACGGUUCUUUCAUGGUGAUGACGACAAGUUCGAGUAGGGAGCGAGCGAUAUUUACACCUUUUGUUUCAAGUGCGGGCAUCGGAGACUAUAUAUAUGCGUCAGCGUCCCUUUGUCAGAUAACUAUUUGGCCAACGACAGUUAGAUUCAAUAGAGGGCUAAAGACUUAAAUAGACG